AGAAAGAAAAAACACUUGUCCCGAGUUUGGGAGAUGAAAAGGCUGAACACAAGAGGGCAGGAAUUGAAGGCUCUGCAGAAAGAGGAACAAAUUCCUCGGACAGAGAAGAUCCCACAGUAUAUGAAAUACAGGCUGGAGCACACAGAGCUCUAUACGCACAGAGCUCUUGAGUCACCAUGCUGCAUUUUGCACCUACCUGCGUGAUGCUUCAUGUCCUGCUGAGCCUCUGGAUGUGGUCCCACUGGGGGGCUGAUUCUUUUGGGCUGAACUACUGUGUCCUUCCACCCAACAAACCAGGCCUCGCUAUCUGUUCUUCCCAGGCCAUUUCCAACCUAAGUUCUGCCAUUACCCAUUUGCCUAACUCCACUCGUUGGCUCAAUGCUUCCCACAACAAUGUUAAUGAGGUGACCUCUAAGGCCUUUUCUCAUCUUCCAUACUUGUUAGAACUGCUUCUGGACAACAACCAUAUAUCGAGCAUUCAGCCAAAUGCCUUCCAAGGUUUGGAGGACCUGGAGACGCUUGAUUUGAGUUGGAACUAUUUGGCUUAUGUGGGGCCUUCCAUGUUGGCCAGCCUGAGGAACCUACGCCAGCUUCACUUGGGUCACAACAAAAUGGCCUCCUUGCAUCCCAGGUCCUUCAUGUUUCAGUUGGCUCUUCAGGAACUUCACCUUUCCAACAACAAUCUUUCCGUUUUCCAGGAGAUAGCUACUGCUGUGAAAGGCUUAGCUAACCUUACCUUCCUAAAUCUAGAUUUUAAUCAGCUCUCCGCUCCAUGUAUGGGUCCCAGCAGGAUUGUUUUGCCUAAUGUGAGGAACCUCAGCUUGAACAGCAACGGCAUUGCAAGGCUGGACUUGUCCAAUUGUUCCCUACCCAGCUUGCAACAACUGAAUCUGAGCCAUAAUGACAUGUUGGAAGUGGAGUCUGAAUCCUUCCGCGCAACCCCCGUUUUGCUGGAAUUGUCCUUGGACAUGAACCCCUUCCACAUCUCCCAGCUUAUCAACGUGUCUCUUCCUAACCUUACCAUGCUGCACUUGUCUAGUAUGAAUCAGUCAUUAAACCACAGCCUGCCGUCUGCUUGCUCUGUCUUUCGGGGCCUCCCAUCUCUGACCUCUUUGGACAUCAAGCAUUCCAAGAUGGCAGCUUCUCACCUGAGCCAACUGGGUUCUUGCACUAACCUCUCAUGGCUAGAUCUGUCCACCACAAACUUCAAGCAUUUGCAAAAUGGGGUCUUCAGCAACUUUCAGAACCUGGAAUUCCUCUCCUUAGACAAGUGUAAAUUGCUGACCAUCCGUUCCAGUGCCUGGGAAAAACAGAGGCGGCUACAUACUCUGAUCCUUAGAAGAAAUUUGAUCUCUGAGUUGGAAAGUGGCAUCUUCCGUCCUUUGACGAGCUUGAGCUAUCUGGAUCUGUCCAAAAACCGCUUGACCAAUCUUGAGAAGAAAUCUUUUUUGGGCAUGGCAGCAUUGCGGAAACUCAUCCUGCAGGACUGCCAGAUCACCGCUGUGACCCGUGACACUUUCGUUUAUGCGCGUAAAAUGGAGUUCUUGGACUUAAGAGACAACAGCAUUAAGUUGCUCAAGUAUUUUGCCUUUGAAGUCCUCAACCACUUAGAGACACUCCUGCUUUCAAGAAAUAGAAUCCUCACCAUCCAAAGACAUGCCUUUAAGGGACUCACCUCUCUCAAGUAUCUCUCCUUGGAUCAUAACGACCUUUACAAGCUACCCGUGGAAACCUUUACCCACCUUAAAAAGCUAGAAACGUUGGACCUCAGUUACAACUACCUCUUUACUUACAACAAAUAUGAUUAUUCUAGCCCUUUCGUUGGUCUCUCCACCCUCCACACACUGGACCUCAGUUCUCAGAUGCCUAGACUGCCCAUCUGUCCUCCAGAAAAACUCUUCCAAGGCCUGCAUAAUCUCCAAUACCUGUCCUUGAAGGACAAUCCCAGCACCUUGUUCCUUAACCUCUCCUUUGUCAACCUGACUAGCCUAGAAUCCCUGGAUCUCUCUAACAUCUACCCUGACAAGGGGAGCAUUUGGAGACCCCGUCCAAACCUCUUCCAAGGUCUGAAGACUCUACAUCGACUCCAGGUUGAAGACAGCUCUAUCAUGGACUUGCCUGAACAAAUCUUUUCUGAUUUGGAAUCCCUAGAAGAGCUUUCCCUGACCAAGAAUGACAUGAGGAAUAUCAGUAAAAAUCUGCUUGGUGGACGCACCUCACUGAAGUAUCUGGAUGCCUCUGGGAACCCCUUAACUUGCUCAUGUGAGAAUAUGUGGUUCCAUAAUUGGUCUAUGUCUGAACCAAAUAUUCAGGUGGCCUUACUGGGCUCCUAUCAUUGCUUUGGCCCUGGCUUGUAUGAUGGUCUCUUUGUUCAGCAAGACUUUUCCAUCUGCUUCGAGACUUGGGGAAUGCAGUUCUUUGCUGUGACCACCAUGAUCAUUCUUUUGCUCCUGCUUAGUACUUUGGUCAAUGCUAAGUUUGGUUGGACCCUGAGGCAUGGUUAUUAUUUGCUGAAGGGCCUGGGCAACAGGCCAUUGCAUCAGAAAGGACAGGACUAUCAGUAUGAUGCCUACAUUUCCUGUUGCGGGCAGGACCAUGAAUGGGUGGUGAAGAACCUUCUGGUAAAGCUGGAAGAGGAGGGGGAACCUAGCUUCCGGCUGUGUUUUGGACCUAGAGAUUUUGCCCCUGGAGAGUAUUUCAUGAACAAUGUGCAGAAUGGGAUAAGCCAAAGCCGCAAAACUUUGUGCCUGGUGAGCAAAAGUUACCUGGAAAGCGAGUGGUGCUCAUUGGAAAUUCAACUUGCUUGUUCCAAGAUCUACUACCAUGGGCAGGAUCCACUGGUUGUGGUCUUUCUGGAGGUCAUUCCUAACUACAGGCUGUCUCCAUAUCAUCGCCUCAGGAAACUAAUCAAGCAAAAGAGCUACAUCAGUUGGCCUGAAGACCCAGAGGCUGAGAAUGUGUUCUGGGCCAAACUCCGAGAGGCCCUGGAAGACUCCAGAGAACAAGAAGUUUUGCAAUUCAAUGUGAUUGAGUAAUCGUGGCAUGGAGGGAAACCACCAGGAUCGGCCUUACUGAUAUCACUUGACAAUAAGCAAUGGUCUAGAGUGGCAUGAAGUAAAUAUAAUAUCAGGUACUGAAGAUGCAGUGAUAUUAUCCAAAUAGUGCUGCAUGUACGGGCAUAUCAGACAGUGACUGGCGCACACAUUUGUUUUCAAACGUGUGAAAACAACCAAGGUGUGAAAACUUU